AAUCCAUCCAUCUCUACCACUGUAAUAUUUUACUUUAAUAUAUGUUACUAGUUUGAUGCUUUCGAUAUUGGGUGCUUCUUGGGAAAGGUGUCUUAUGUUUUGGUCGGUGGGGUUAUCAUUUAAUAGUCGCGUAGUGCGAAACCCUAGUACUACUCCUGAUUGAAUCAAGGAAAUCGGGCUAUGUUUUCUAUUGGUUCUUGAGAUAAGUUGAUAAACCCACCAGUUAGUUUAAUGAUAAGCAGAUGUUAUUCUUUUCAGUUUGUGUUGGUGUUAUUUUCACAGAAUAUUGUGUCUGAUCGAGAAUUUGAGACGGUGUCAUCUCUCCUGCGACAGUAACUGGUUUUAAUUUACAGCGAUGAGUAGUGGUAGUUCACCGUACCGGAAACACAAGAAUGAUGUGGAGUCUGGCGGUGGGGGAAGCGGAGGUUUCGAGGAUUAUGAGUCGCCUUCCGACCCUUUUGACAUUGUUAGCACCAAGAGUGCUUCAGUAGACCGCCUUAAAAGAUGGAGGCAAGCGGCGCUUGUGCUGAAUGCUUCCCGUCGAUUUCGAUACACCUUAGAUUUGAAAAAGGAGGAAGAGAAGAAGCAAAUUAUUGCGAAGAUCAGAACCCAUGCACAAGUUAUACGAGCAGCCUACCUUUUUCAAGCUGCUGGAGCACAAUCAAAUGGAGUCCAGAGAGCACCUCCAUCUCCUAUUCCUACCGGUGAUUUUAGUAUUAGUCCGGAUCAACUUGCUUCAAUGACGAGAGAUCAUGAUUUCUCUGCUUUGCAAAAUUAUGGAGGGGUCAAAGGACUGUCAGAAAAGUUAAAGACGAAUCCCGAGAAGGGAAUUCAUGAUGACGACUCCCAGAUACUGGAGAGGAAAAAUGUGUUUGGGUCAAACACUUACCCCCGGAAAAAAGGAAGAAGCUUCUGGAGGUUUGUACUUGAUGCUUGCCGAGAUACCACCUUAAUCAUCUUGAUGGUAGCUGCAGCUGCUUCUUUGGCAUUGGGUAUCAAGACAGAGGGGAUCGAAGAAGGAUGGUAUGAUGGUGGGAGCAUAUUUUUGGCUGUUAUCAUUGUUAUAGUUGUUACAGCCGUAAGUGAUUAUAAACAAUCACUUCAAUUUCAGAACCUAAAUGAGGAGAAGCAGAAUAUACACUUGGAGGUGGUAAGAGGUGGGAGAAGGAUUGAGAUUUCAAUAUUCGAUAUCAUUGUGGGUGAUGUAAUACCCCUAAAGAUUGGUGAUCAGGUCAGAAAAACAUGUAGUUUCCUUUAUCAUGCCAUAUGUCCUUUUCUUCCACUACGUUCACAAUCAGUUAUGAACCAGGUUCCUGCCGAUGGCAUUUUAGUUUCUGGUCACUCCUUGGCUGUUGAUGAAUCAAGUAUGACCGGCGAGAGUAAAAUUGUUCAUAAGGAUCAUAAAGCACCAUUUUUAAUGUCUGGGUGCAAGAUUGCGGAUGGCUAUGGUACUAUGCUGGUCACCAGCGUUGGAAUAAAUACAGAAUGGGGAUUACUUAUGGCUAGCAUCUCAGAAGAUAAUGGUGAGGAAACACCAUUACAGGUGCGCUUGAAUGGAGUCGCCACGUUUAUUGGUAUAGUUGGGCUUGUGGUAGCUAUAGCUGUUCUUAUUAUCCUUCUUGCCAGGUAUUUUUCUGGGCAUUCGAAGGAUGAUAAAGACAAAGUAGAGUUUAUUGCCGGAAAAACCAGUGUUGGUGAUGCCGUAGAUGGUGCAAUAAAAAUUUUCACUAUUGCAGUCACUAUUGUGGUUGUUGCGGUGCCAGAAGGGCUUCCCUUAGCUGUCACAUUAACGCUUGCAUACUCGAUGCGAAAGAUGAUGGCGGACAAGGCCUUGGUUAGAAGGCUUUCUGCCUGUGAGACAAUGGGUUCUGCUACUACAAUUUGCAGUGAUAAAACUGGAACGUUGACAUUAAAUUUGAUGACCGUGGUUGAAGCUUAUAUUUGCGGGAAGAAAAUUGACACACAAAAUAAUAAGUCAGAAUUACCAUCCAAAGUUGUCUCUCUUCUCAUUGAAGGAAUAGCUCAAAAUACAACUGGCAGCGUAUUUACCCCCGAGGGUGGUGGAAAUAUUGAGGUUUCUGGAUCGCCAACAGAGAAAGCUAUUCUUCAGUGGGGGGUUAAUCUUGGAAUGGAUUUUGAUGUUGUCAGGGCAGAGUCUUCAGUAGUUCAUGCAUUCCCAUUCAAUUCAGAGAAAAAGCGAGGUGGUGUCGCUGUGAAACCUAAUUCUGAAGUUCAUAUACACUGGAAAGGAGCCGCAGAAAUUUUGUUAGAUGCAUGUACAAGCUAUCUGGAUGACAAUGAGAGCUUGGUGGCUUUGGAUGGAGAUAAGGUGCGAUAUUAUAAAAAAGCGAUUGAAUCUAUGGCUGCUGGAAGUUUGCGUUGUGUUGCUAUUGCCUACCGAGCAUGCAAAGGGGAAACUGUUCCAAAUGAUGAAGAGGAACUAGGCAUUUGGCAAAUGCCUGAGGAUGAUCUUGUUUUGCUAGCAAUAGUUGGUUUGAAGGAUCCUUGUCGGUCAAAUGUCAGAGAUGCAGUUCAACUGUGCAUUAAGGCUGGUGUGAAGGUAAGAAUGGUGACGGGUGACAAUCUUCAAACAGCAAGAGCAAUAGCACUAGAAUGUGGAAUACUAGAGUCAAAUGCAGACGCUAAAGAACCAAACCUAAUUGAAGGGAAAGCAUUCCGGGCAUUGUCAGAAGAACAAAGGCUAGAAGUUGCCGAGAAGAUAUCGGUGAUGGGGCGGUCUUCUCCUAAUGAUAAACUAUUACUUGUACAAGCACUGAGGAAGAAAGGGCAUGUUGUUGCUGUUACUGGAGAUGGAACUAAUGAUGCCCCUGCAUUACAUGAGGCUGAUAUUGGUCUUGCAAUGGGUAUCCAAGGAACUGAAGUUGCAAAAGAGAGCAGUGAUAUUAUUAUAUUAGAUGACAACUUUGCUUCAGUUGUCAAGGUUGUUCGAUGGGGAAGAUCUGUUUAUGCCAAUAUCCAGAAAUUCAUUCAGUUUCAGCUAACUGUAAAUGUUGCUGCCCUUGUAAUUAACGUUGUCGCAGCGAUUUCUUCAGGCGAUGUCCCACUAAAUGCAGUGCAGCUCCUUUGGGUUAAUCUUAUCAUGGACACUCUCGGCGCACUUGCUUUGGCCACUGAACCUCCAACAGAUCACCUCAUGGACCGAACUCCAGUUGGUCGAAGGGAACCUCUAAUAACAAACAUUAUGUGGAGGAACUUGUUAAUACAGGCUCUAUACCAAGUGAUGGUUCUCAAUGUACUCAAUUUUGAAGGCAUAAAGAUACUGAAUUUAGAGCAUGAGAGCAACGAGCAUGCUAAGAAAACGAAGAACACACUUAUUUUCAAUGCUUUUGUCUUUUCUCAGAUAUUCAAUGAGUUUAAUGCUCGGAAGCCUGACGAGAUGAAUGUUUUCAAAGGAGUUACCAAAAACCGCUUAUUUAUGGGAAUUAUUGGUUUUACUAUUCUACUUCAAGUCAUCAUAAUCAUGUUCUUGGGAAAGUUCACGACCACCGUUAGGCUGAGUUGGCAGUUGUGGCUUGUCUCUGUCGGAAUUGGCAUAAUCAGUUGGCCUCUUGCAGUUGUUGGGAAAUUGAUACCUGUUUCCAGGAGGCCCUUCAGUGAAUACUUUUCUAGUAUUAUCUCGUCAUGCAUACCAUCUCAUAGGAGAAAUAUGGGAGGUUCAUUGAGAGGAAAUGAGGAGGUUUUGUAAGGGUGUGGUUGGUUUUGCAGACAGCAAGAUGUACAUGGAGACAGUCGUGGUUUUAUACUAACGAUACAACCGUCAAUAGGCUCUUGAGCUGCUGAAUCAUGUAAAAGCAAGUUGGUAUAUGAUUUGACUGACUGACUGCCUUAUAAACCCCAAUCUUAUGUUUGUAAAUUGGAUUUUGUACAUAUUCGGAAUUUUUUUAGUGUUCUGUGUUUGUUUUUCUGAUUGUAUUAUAAAUCUUGUGCUGCUGCCGAUGCUCCAUUUGGCUUU